GGGGCGUUCAGACAGUUAUCUUCUGUUAUAAAGGACUUUCGCGGUGGCUUUUGGGAGUUGUAGUCACCCUGGCAUCGGAUAUGGAUUGAUUCCUCAAGUGUUUUUAAGGUUUGGACUGUAAAUCCCAGAGGGCCGUGCGGCACGUCCUGGUUCUUUCCCUUUGUUUUGAGGGAAUGGGUGUAAUGCGUUUACACUGUACUGGGCAAAUUUGAAGAUAGAAAGCUGUGUGUGUCCUUGAUACGACCAUUUACUCUUGAGAAAAAGGAAAUAAUUUGGUUUCCAGACCUUGCUUAUUCUACAGCUGGUUUUGAAUAUAAGUACAGUACAUAAAGUGGAUGCCUAAUGGCAGGUUCAAUAGUUAAUUUAUCAGGUCAAGGGUUGCAAAAAUUGGGAUCAACUUUCUCCUGUGAUGCAGAUGUGCAUACUUUGAUUCUGGAUAAAAACCAGUUAAUUAAAUUGGAGCACCUGGAGAACUGCAAGAAUUUGAUGCAGUUAUCAGUUGCCAAUAAUCGACUCGUCAGGAUGAUGGGUGUAGCAAAGCUGACUCAGCUCCGGGUAUUAAACUUGCCUCAUAACAGUAUUGGCUGCAUAGAGGGAUUGAAGGAUCUUGUGCAUUUAGAAUGGCUAAACCUGGCAGGAAAUAAUUUGAAGACUAUAGACCAGAUCAAUACCUGUAUAUCUCUUCAACAUCUUGAUUUGUCAGACAACAAUAUAUCCCAAAUAGGGGAUAUCUCCAAGCUAUCCUCUCUAAAGACUCUACUGUUUCAUGGAAAUAUCAUAACAUCAUUGCGUACAGCACCUACUUGUUUACCUCAGAGUCUGGCUAUCCUGUCAUUGGCAGAAAAUGAAAUCAGAGACUUGAAUGAGAUUUCUUCCUUGGCUUCCCUUCCUGAGCUGGAGCAGUUAUCAAUUAUGAACAAUCCCUGUGUGAUGGCCACGCCUUCCAUCCCAGGGUUUGAUUAUCGGCCAUAUAUUGUCAGCUGGUGUCUCAGUCUUAAAGUCCUAGACGGCUAUGUGAUUUCACAGAAAGAAAGCUUGAAAGCAGAAUGGCUUUACAGUCAGGGCAAAGGACGAUCCUUUCGACCAGGCCAGCACAUUCAGUUAGUACAGUAUCUGGCCAGUGUUUGUCCUCUUACUACUAUGUUUGGGCUCCAAACUGCUGAAGAUGCCAAACUGGAAAAAAUACUACAUAAGCAAAGGUUGCAUCAGAGACAACUGAUGUACCAAAGCCAAAUUGAUGAAUCACCUGUACCGUCAUCUCAGAAUAAAGUGCACCCUACUACUAGUGAGCCAAACAGCCCUGUCCACCGGCCACAGAGAAUGAGUGAGAAUGGGCCUGUUAUCAAAAAGAACACUUGGGUUUCAGCAAAUUCCAAUGAUGACCAUUCAUAUGCAAUUUGCCCAGCCCCAAAGCAAGCUGAAAGAAGUACUUCUAAGGAUCUUUAUCUGGAUGAUAUACAGACUGAUGAAGACAAGUUAAACAGUAGCCUUCUAUCCUCAGAAUCUACAUUUAUGCCAGUUGCUUCAGGGCUGUCUCCAAUGUCUCCUACUAUUGGGGAACUGAGGCUUCAUGAAAUUGGCAUUGAUGUGGAUGGUAUGGGAAAUGCUAACUCGGACUGUAAUAAACAACAUGACGAAGACCAAGAUAAUACUUUAGUUCUUGGAGAAGGUGCCAUCAAAUCAGCAGGUGUUGUAGAAAUGCAAAAGAAAGAUCAGGAGAGAGGCACUUCGUCCACUUCCAGUUUAUCAGCAAGUAUUGUCAAUCCUCCUGCUGGCCACAGCGACUGUCAAGCACCUUCUGAAAGACAUGUGGAGUGUGAUGAUUUGAAGCAAUCAUGUACCUCUGAAGAGAAGUUAUUUAAAACAGUUUCCCUUGCCAAAUCUGUAGAACUGUCUCCUUGUGCAUCUGUAACUUUAAUGCAAAAGGAAGACAUUCUUGAAGAAAUGAACAAAGCAGCUACCAAGCUUCAAGCCUGUUGGAGAGGGGUUUAUGUGAGGAAGCACCACCCCAAAGCUAAGGAGGUGCGCUAUGAAAUCAGACUCAGCAGAAUGCAGGAGCAUAUUAUACAUUUAACUGAAGAAGUAAAACAAUUAAGAAAAGAAAAAGAUGAAGAGAAACUUCAAAGGAUGGUGCAAGAGGAAGCUGUCAGAUUCCUUUGGAAUCAGGUCAGAUCUUUCCAGGAGUGGCAGCUUUCAGUAAACGCACAUCUGAGUAAUAUCUGGCAACAUGAUACUCCUGCAUCAAGCAUUUUGGGUCCCUCCAAACAGCCAAUGGAGUCAUCUGGACCUUCUCCUGUUGAUAUUUCCACCUGGGUAGUUUCAGCUGCUGAAGCUUGUCACCAGAAAUAUUUGCCAGAAUAUCCUGACUCGGGCUUCCAUUCCUGUGUAACUGACCAAAAUUGCCUUAAUGAAUCUCGUGGCUCUGAAGGACAUUUGACAAAUGCAAAUGAGAGCUCUCUAGUGAAUUCUUUGGAAACAGUCAAACCAUGUGAGAAUUUCCUCGCAGGAUGCUCCUCAGACAUGGAGGUCAUGCUGCACCAUGGGGAUUGUAGUAAGGAGAGCUUAAAUAGUGAGCAGGAUAGUAGUCUUCUCCAGCAAUAUUUAAAAUCGGUUGAGCAGUUAGAUAGAGCUGAUGACAAUACAAAUGGCAGCAGUGGAACAGAGGGCAGUGGGCCUCAUACAGCUGUUUCCUCAAAAGACAAGGGUGUCUUACUCAGCACUGUGUUAGGCUCUCAAGAAGUACAUGCAUCAGCACAAGAUGAAAUGGGUCAUGCACAAGAAAUUUGCAAUUUGAAUGAAGAAAUAGAAGGAAAACAGACAGGCUGUGACUGUUCCUUUCCAGCACUUGCUGUUAGCAUUCCUGUGUAGCAUAGUAACUUUUUUGUUAUUUAUACACAUUUUUAAUACAUUUUUGGGGCUGGGGGCAGGGAGGCAUGUGUUCCUAUACUGUUACAAGCAAUCAGCUUGCAGUUUUGCUAAUCUUCUGUUCCUUGACUGACACUAUGUUAAAUCUGUAUCAGGUAGGGUUCACUAUGAUGGAUGUAAUUGCACUAUUUUUUAAGGCAACUUGGAACAGCAACUGAUUUCUACAAAAUAUAAUGUUGAAAUUUCUGACCACUUUUCCUAUUUCCUUAGUUGAACUAAACAAUUAUAUUUUUCCCAGAGGACAAAACAUACUCUUGUAUUGCAAUUCUCAUCCUAAUAAACUAUGGGAAGAAAUUAAAAUAAUCAGUAUUUAUAAUUUGAGGGGCAUAGGAGUACAAGAAAUUCAUAGUUGAUAAUAAUUAUUGAAUAGCAUUUUGGAAAUGUGUAUUUAAACUCAGGUACUAAGCCACACCUUGGAUAUUUUAUUUGCUAGUCCUGGGUUUGUGUUUGUAUUGGCUGGUUCUAAGCAACAGUGAGGUACCAAUAUACAAAACUUGUUUUACGAACAUGGCUAUGGAAUUCCAUGCAACUUCCCUGAACAUACACAAUGUUUUUCCAAUGAUGCAGCAGAGCCUGUUUGGCAAUUUCAAGGACUAGAGAGAAGGAUACAUCAUUCUCUUCCACUACAUUCCAGGGACCACACAAACAGAUUUAUUCUCCUUUUAUGAGGCCAGUACUCCUCUGACAAGUUAGUCCAAAAUCAGUGGCUCAGAGACUUUCCCUAAAGAGGGUCAGAGAUGUGGGAAGACAGUCUUGCUUGGUAGUAUCAUAACAACAGGGACUUGGGCUAAACAAGCUGAAUUAAAUGCCGGGUCAUUGUGUUGGUUCAUCUCCUUCCCUGCCAACAGUGAGACAUGCGGGCCAAUGGUUGGAUUUUGCUUUACUGCUGAAGGAUAAUUGGUCGCUAGGCAAGUGACACUACUACAUUCCAGUGGUUCAGAAGCCUUGGGAUUUCUUGCAGUCAUGAACCCUUACUUGUAAGUCCUGCUCCAAGUUGUAACAAUCUUCUCCACUCGGAACCCAUGAAUUUCUUCAGGUAGUGAAUAUAUAUCUUCACAGAUAUUUUCACUCAUAUGUGUGAAUAUAUCUGUGAAGAUUCUCAGUC